CGCAUCAAUCCUGUGAUAGGACGCCAGUACAACCCUCGAUCCUCGGCUAGUCGACUCGCUCGGCGUGCUCGCCGCCUACGCAUCGGCGUACGCUGCCUAGCGCGAACUUGCGGUUCGAUUCGCCAAUCUUAUUCACUGGAAGGCAUUGUCGAUAGUACAGCUUCAUAUACAGUAUCGGACAAUCAUAUACAAGAAACUAUCCUAAGCUCUCGCCCAGUCGCCACAAUGAGAAGGUUCCAAAAAUUGCGCGUAUGAACCCGCCCCCACAGAGAGUCGGCCCUGCAGCGAAGCGGACGCGUGACACGAGAGAUCAUCACCCAGCCUGUCCAACGGACGCCCGAUGAAGGGUACUGUCCAUCGGAGCCGGGAUGCCUACGACCGCGGGGCAAGAUGCCAGUUGAGUAGUGCCACUAGCGUGGAGCUCACCUAUAGCACCGCUAUGCGGACGGCAUCAACGCAGCCACCCGAAGGCAGCCGCGCGAGCUGGCACCUCUCCUCUCCCGACACGCCGCGCGGUCGUGAAUCGCGCGACGCCACAGACCAGUCCCCGACCGUCAGCCUCUCGGAGCGCUGGAUCAAGGACGCAGGGACCGCGCAGCGAGCUGCACAUUCGACUACGUCCGAUCCUCGGGAGGAGUUUAGGCGAAUCGUAAAGGCGCUGGCCUGCGAGGAAGAACAUGGAGAGUGAUGGUGAAGGUCAAGAGCAAGCGAUGGCGUCUCUUAUAUGAUGUCGGCUCCUG